UGUUCAUGGUCUGAAUCAAUGGAGAGCACAUUGGGUUUGUUGUUCUUCUUGUUCACACUCCUCUUCUGUAUCUUCUCAUUCCUGUUGUUCCUCUCGAGAAUGAAGCCAUGGUGCAACUGUCACACCUGCAGGACCUACACAACAAUGAGUUGGACCACCCAUUUCACAAACCUCUCCGAUUGGUACACUCAUCUCCUCCGUAACUCCGCCACCGGAACCAUCCACGUCCACGUCUUGGGCAAUAUCGUAACUUCAAACCCCAUCAACGUUGAGUACAUGCUUAAGACGCGCUUCCAAAACUACCCCAAAGGGAGGCCGUUCUCCGCGAUCCUGGGCGAUCUCUUGGGCCACGGGAUCUUCAAUGUUGACGGCAGCGCGUGGAUGUUCCAGAGGAAGAUGGCCAGCCUGGAGCUCGGGAGCGUGGCGGUUCGGACCUACGCGCUGCAGAUAGUGACGGAAGAGAUACGAACCAGGCUCCUUCCUCUCAUGGUUUCUUCGGUUGCAUGUGGUCAACAGGACCAGGAUAGUGUGAUGGAUUUACAAGACAUAUUGCGACGUUUCUCGUUCGACAACAUUUGCAAAUUCUCCUUCGGCGUGGACCCAGGUUGUCUCCAACCAUCCCUACCUGUUUCACCCUUCGCCGCCGCUUUCGACACGGCCUCCAAGCUCUCGGCAGAGCGUGCAAUGACAUCAUCACCAAUCACAUGGAAGAUCAAGCGCCUACUUAACAUUGGAUCCGAGAAGAAGCUGAAGCAAGCCAUCAAAAUCAUAAACAACUUAGCAGAAGAGUUAAUAAACAAGCGCAGGAAAAUCGGAUUCUCCACAAGAAAGGAUCUCCUCUCAAGGUUCAUGAGCUCUGUCGAAAACGACAACAAAUACCUCAGAGACAUAGUCGUCAGUUUUCUAUUGGCUGGUCGCGACACAGUUGCGGCCGCGUUAACCGGUUUCUUUUUCUUAUUAUCCAAAAACCCGAGUGUUGAGGUCUUGAUCCGGGAAGAAUUGGACCGGAUCCUGGACAAUCCGGUCCAGGAAUGUGCGAGUUUUGAGCAGCUGCAGCAAAUGCAUUAUCUCACUGCUGCGAUUUACGAGAGCAUGAGACUCUUUCCGCCGGUUCAGUUUGACUCCAAGUUCGCGCAAGAGGACGAUGUGUUACCGGAUGGUACAUUUGUACCCAUGUGUACGAGGGUUACAUACCAUCCGUAUGCAAUGGGUCGGAUGGAGCGGGUUUGGGGGUCCGAUUGCCUCAAAUUCAAACCCGAAAGAUGGUUGCAUGCCGGUGUGUUUGUGCCGGAGGAUCCAUUUAAAUACCCGGUUUUUCAGGCUGGGGUUAGGAUUUGUUUGGGAAAAGAGUUGGCAGUUGUAGAGAUGAAAUCCUUGGUGGCUACAUUGAUAAGGCAAUUUGAUAUUCGGGUAGUUGGGUCUGACAAGGAGCCCCGGUUUUCACCAGGUCUUACCGCAACCAUGCGGGGUGGGUUGUCGGUUCGGGUUUAUGAGAGAAGUAGGUGAUGGAAUGACCCCUGAGAAGCUUGUAGAGUUAAAGUUGAUCCAUGUUGAGUAAUUAUUUGUAGUUACAUUUGGAGUAGGUGAGAUCUAAUUUGAGGGGAAUCAAAGUA